AUGUCCUCCAUCCCCAUUGGUAUCUUAUCAAGGCCCGAAUCAAGGCAGCUAAUAGCUCCAGGUGCUGGUGCCGGAGGAAUUGCCACAGCAGCACGACUGGCCCAAGAAGGGUUCCACGUCAAAGUUGUAGAACAGCACGGAUUCAUUGGGGGUCGAUGCUCCAUUAUCUCAAAAGACGGCUAUCGCUUCGACCAAGGCCCGUCAUUGCUUCUAAUGCGCGAGGUCUUUGAAGAAACGUUCCAGGAUCUCGGUACCUCGUUAGAGCAAGAAAAUGUCCGUUUAGUCAAAUGCGAGCCAAACUAUUGUGUUUGGUUCCCUGACAAAGAUAUCAUAGAGCUAUCGACUAAUCUCACACGCCUGAAGGCGCAGAUACAACAUCACGAAGGUCCCGAUGGGUUUCCACGAUUCUGUGCCUUUUUGAACGAGGCCGGUACUCAUUAUAACCUGUCACUUGCGCAUGUGCUGCGAAAGAACUUUCCUGGGUUUCUGAGUUUGCUGCGGUGGGAUGUACUUAGAUCUCUGAUCUCCAUGCAUCCAUGGACGAGCACAUACUCUCGAGCCGCGCGGUAUUUCUAUUCAGAGAAGAUGCGACGUGUGUGGACUUUUGGUAGUAUGUAUCUGGGCAUGAGUCCUUAUCGGGCUCCAGGGACGUAUUCUCUGCUACAGUAUAUCGAGACGGUGGAUGGGAUAUGGUACCCAGAGGGAGGAUUCCAAAGGGUCCUGAGAGCUCUAGGAGAUAUCGGAAUGCGAUCUGGAGUCGAAUACAUCCUAAACAGUCCCGUCAAGUCUGUCCUACUCGAUGACAGUAAUCACGUCGUAAAAGGUGUUCUUCUGGAAGAUGGCGAAGAACUUUAUGCUGACUUGGUCGUCAUAAAUGCCGAUCUUGUCUACGCAUACAACGAACUCCUUCCAAAGACACGCCGGUCGCACGACCUGAAAAAGCGACCUGUAUCGUGCAGUAGCAUCUCAUUUUUCUGGUCUUUUGACGAGAAACUACCUCACUUACGAGCACACAAUAUCUUUCUGGCUGAAAAGUACCGGGAAAGCUUCGAUGCCAUCUUCGAAGACCACCGUAUUCCAGAUGGACCGUCAUUCUAUGUUAAUGUGCCCAGUAAGAUCGAUCCAACUGCAGCACCACCUGGUAAAGAGGCUGUUGUCGUGUUAGUCCCAGUAGGUCAUUUGACAUCUGAAAAAGGAGGACAGCUUGAAGAAGAGAAAUGGGAUACCCUAGUAUCUCAAACGCGUGAAAUUGUCUUGGACACUAUCGAGGCUCGAACGGGGCUACAAGACUUGCGGUCUAGGUUGGUCCAUGAAAUGGUUGAGACGCCGCUUUCUUGGGAAGAAAGGUUCAAUCUCGACCGUGGUGCGAUCUUGGGUCUAUCGCACUCGUUCUUUAAUGUGCUUAGCUUUAGACCACAGAUCAAGCACCCGGAUAUUGAACGGCUUUAUUUUGUUGGAGCCAGCACGCAUCCAGGGACAGGGGUUCCUGUUUGCCUGGCGGGGAGCAAGCUUGUCACUCAGCAAAUAGUGGAGGAUUGGAAUAUGGGAAUCAGGCAAAAGCCUCGAUCGGGGUUUAUAUUGACACUAGUGAUGGCUCUGUUGACACUGGUGGUAUCCUUUUUGUGGAGGCAUUAG